UAGCGGUAUCUAUUUUUAGAGUUGGAAAAUAUGGCAGCUGUUGGUGAGCAGAACGAGCCCACAAAUUCUGGAGAUGCUGAGGGAGAACGACCGCUCAAAAGCUCCGAAAUAGCCAAGGAGGCUGCAGCAGAAUAUGACAAGCCUCCAGAGACGGUUGGACAGUUAUCUGAGGCGGGGGACGCCUCUACUGUUGAAGAAAAAGAUCUGUCUUUGUGGAGGUACUUCAGUGCAGAGCUAACAAGGGGUUAUCUUCUUGAACACGAUGAAGCACGCUAUGCACUCAAGAGACAACGCGUCUACACGUUCAUACGCAUCCCAAAGGAACUGGAAAAGAUGAUGAUCUACGGCUUCUUCCUGUGCAUGGAUGCCUUUCUCUUUGUCUUCACCUUCCUACCGCUGCGCGUUAUCAUGGCGCUGCUUCGUCUCAUCACACAUCCCUGCAUCAUUCACAGGGGGAGGAGGCUAGAGCCUGCCCAGAUAUGUGACAUCUUUAAGGCCAUCAUCGUGAUAGCCUGUACUUGGCUGCUGCAGUUUGUGGACGUGUCGAUGCUGUAUCACUUAGUCAGAGGCCAGGCUGUCAUCAAGCUCUACAUCAUUUACAAUAUGUUAGAGGUGGCAGAUCGUCUUUUCUCAUCGUUCGGCCAAGACAUCCUGGACACUCUUUUCUGGACGGCCACGGAGCCCCGGGACAGGAAACGGGAGCAUCUUGGCAUCUUGCCCCACCUACUCAUGGCUAUCAUCUAUGUCUUCUUACACGCUUUACUAGUCUUGCUUCAAGCCACCACACUCAACGUAGCGUUCAACUCCCACAGCAAGGCACUGCUCACAAUCAUGAUGUCCAACAAUUUUGUCGAGCUCAAGGGAAGUGUCUUCAAGAAAUUUGAAAAGUACAAUCUCUACCAGAUGUCCUGCAGUGAUGUCAGAGAGCGAUACCAUUACAUGAUCCUGCUCUUCUGCGUCGUACUUCGCAACAUGACCGAGUUUAACUGGAAUAUUGAUCACUUUUGGGAGUUAAUACCCGACCUGAUAUCAGUACUCGUCGCCGAGAUCCUAGUGGACUGGGUCAAGCACGCAUUCAUCACAAAAUUCAACUCAAUUCCAGCUGAGGUGUACACAGAAUACAGAGCCAGCUUGGCUUUUGAUAUGGUGACAAGUCGCAAGAGAAAUGCUUUUUCUGACCACUCCGAUGUCGUCGCUCGGAGGAUGGGUUUUAUCCCCCUACCUCUGGCCUGCCUUGUCUAUCGCAUCGUCGGCCAGUCGUUUAAGAUACACGGCACAACGGGAAUAGUCCUCGUCUUUCUUCUGUACUUGUGUCUGACGGCCUUCAAAGUCUUAAACAGCAUCCUGCUGCUCGGCAAAGCUUGCCAGUACGUCAAGGAGGCAAACCUAGACGUCCCGGCUUCACAGCCCAAGCAGCCUCCACCUCCUCCCACAUCGUCCUCCUCGUCAACAGCAACCUCUAAGGAAACAACGAGGGCCAAGACAGCGCCCCCGCCCAUCAGCUCCCACACGCUCCUGACCACGGACAGCAGCGUGAAUCUGAUGGGGGCCGGGCCUGACGUUGGGCCCCUGUCGCCGCUAGAGGUCAGCCAGUCCCUGAGUAAAGAAGACAUUUUGAAGAAUAAGCCAGACCGGAAACGGACACUAUCUGAGAUCGACAGGUACACGCUUUGCAGUAACCGCAUCGUAUAGCACAAAAGUCACCCAAACCCUAAACCCAGAACUCCAUUUUAUAAAUUAAAAUAUUUUAAUUGUAACAUGCCUUACUGUCUUUUUCAGUUAUAUGUCUUGUAUGAAUUUUUUCGGUGUGCUAUGUGUUUGGAAAAAAAAACUAAACGAAGAAAUGGUGCAGGAUUGAUUUAAUCCAUUGCUAUGCUUGAAAAGCAUUUGAAAUAAGAUUUCGGAUUUUAUAAGUGGUUAGGCCAUCAGCCAAAUUGGAAAAAAAAAAUGUGCUUUGCCCCCCCCCUUCUAGAAAAAAUCCUGGCGACGCCCAUGCAUGUACUUUUUGUGUACAAUUUAUUGACAAACAUGCAGCAAAUAAUCUUAUUGUAGCCUUCCACAAUUCAGCUUUAUUUUUGUCUUUUCACCAGACUUAGUCGGAUUAUAACCAAAUGUAGGAAAUUACAUGUGAUUUGCCCUUUGCAUGGAAUUGUUAUAUUAGAACAAAUUUUAGGCUGGACUUGCAGAACAAAAGACCCUUUCUCAUCUUAACUACGCACAUUUUUUAGUCAUUAAGUACAAGCCCAUUUAAGUGUACAAAAGCUAGCUAAGCAUAUUUUUCAACAUGACUGUGCAAAGUGCCCAUUGCCUGAAAUGUGGACUUAUUUAAAUGUAUUUGUAAAUUUGUGAUGUAAUUUAUUGAAAUUUCUAUGAAGAUUUGUAAUACAGUUGAAUAACUUAAUGUGUAUUGUUCAUGAAAGUUGAGUUGUCUGCCAAAUUGUGGUCAUGGUGCAUGAAAAAAAAUAU